CGCGCAAUGAAGACUACACCUACGAAGGAGCUGCUGACAAAGAUGCUAGAGAUAGAGGAGAGCCAAGAGCGCCUAAAGCAGGAGAUGUCUAAGUUCAAGGUAUCCACAGGGCUUAGGCAGCGUUCACAUUCGAGAAACAUCUGCGAGGAAGCUCUAGGGUGGAGGAAAAUCGGCGCCAACUCAGUGCGGAAUAAGAACCGUAUCCAUGACUCGAUCAGUUUAAGAGAUGGAGUUAGUGGAGGAACAGGACCAUCGGCUGGGAAGUUCACGCAUAAGCAGUAUUUGAACAUUGUGCAGUCCAUGGGACAAUCUGUUCAUGCCUUCGAUCUCAAAAUGCGAAUUAUAUUUUGGUGAGUAAGAGGGCGGCCCUGAUAUUAGGAAGCUCUAGA